AUGGUUUACACCGAUCAGGACUGGCAGUCCAUCAACACCAUCCGUACCUUGGCUAUCGAUGCGACCUUCGCGGCCAACUCCGGUCACCCGGGUGCCCCAAUGGGCAUGGCCCCAGUGGCCCACGUCCUCUGGAACAGGAUCAUGAACUACAACCCAAAGAACCCAAAGUGGAUCAACCGCGAUAGAUUCGUGCUUUCUAACGGCCACGGAUGCAUGCUUCAAUACGCUCUUCUCCACCUUGCCGGUUUCGACCUCACAAUCGAUGACCUGAAGAACUUCAGAGUACGUGAUACCACGUCGACAGCAUCACCCCGGUCACGGGAAUCCCACGAUACCCCUGGCAUUGAGGUCACCACUGGCCCUCUCGGCCAAGGUUUUGCUAACGCUGUUGGUCUUGCCAUUGCCCAAGAGCACACUGCCGCCCAGUUCAACAAGCCCGGAUUCGAGCUUAUUAACAACCACACAUAUGUCUUUAUGGGCGACGGAUGCCACAUGGAGGGUGUUGCCAGCGAGGCUGCCUCCAUGGCCGGUCACUUGCAAUUGGGCAACCUGAUCGCCAUCUACGAUGACAACAGCAUCUCCAUUGAUGGUAACACCAACUGUGCUUUCACUGAGGAUGUUAACAAGCGUAUGGAGGCAUACGGAUGGCACUGCGUGACCGUCGGCGACGGAGACCACGACCUGGACUCGAUAGAGGCGGCCAUCAAGGCUUGCCAGGCUGUCAAGGACAAGCCAUCCAUGAUCAAGCUCCGCACAACCAUCGGCUUCGGCUCGAAGCUCGAGGGAACCGGUGGUGUCCACGGUGCCCCGCUGAAGAAGGAUGAUAUCAUCCAGGUUAAGGAGAAGUUCGGCUUCAACCCAGAGGAGACCUUCGUUGUCCCCCAGGGAGUCCACGAGCAAUACGCCAAGAAGAGCGCCGAGGGUGCCGCUCUCGAGCAGGAGUGGAACCAGCUCUUGGAGAAGUACUCCAAGGAGCACAGCGUCGAGGCGGCUGACCUCAAGCGUCGCCAGACCGGUGCCCUUCCCGACGGAUGGGAGAAGAACCUGCCCGUCUACACACCAGCCGACAAGGCCGUUGCGUCGAGAAAGCUCUCCGAGAUCGUUCUCGGCAAGAUCCACGACGCCAUCCCAGAGUUGGUCGGAGGAUCCGCAGAUUUGACCGGCUCCAACCUCACAAGGUGGAAGGAUGCCGUUGACUUCCAGCCCCCGUCCACCGGACUCGGUGACUGGAGCGGUCGCUAUAUCAGAUACGGUGUCCGCGAGCACGCCAUGGGAGCCGUCAUGAAUGGUCUCGCCGCCUACGGAACCAUCCUCCCAUACGGAGGAACAUUCCUAAACUUCGUCUCCUACGCCGCCGGCGCCGUCCGCCUGUCCGCUCUCUCCCGCGAGCGCGUCAUCUGGGUCGCCACCCACGACUCCAUCGGCCUCGGCGAGGAUGGACCAACUCACCAGCCUAUCGAGACCUCGCGCACUUCCGCGCCCUGCCCAACUGCAUGCGCCGCCUACUACAUCGCCCUCACCUCCCUACACACCCCCUCCAUCCUGGCCCUCUCCGCCAGGACCUCCCUCAACUCGAGAACUCCACCAUUGCUCGGCAUCUGUGUCGACGCUAUCAAGACCCUCAAGGAUCAGAACAACCUCACCGCUCGUGUCGUCUCCAUCCCCUGCUUCGAGGUCUUCGAUGUGCAGUCCAGGGAGUACAGACUCUCUGUUCUGCCAGAUGGUAUCCCAUCCCUGUCGGUCGAGGUCAUGUCCACCAUGGGCUGGGAGAGGUAUACCCACGAGCAGUUCGGACUUAACCGCUUCGGUGCUUCGGGUGCUUACAAGGAUGUUUACAAGAAGUUCGAGUUCACCCCAGAGGGCAUCGCCAAGCGCGCUGUCGCCACCGUGGACUUCUGGAAGGACGUCCCGAACAUCCGCUCGCCUAUUAACCGCGCUUUCCAGCAACUUAUCUAA